AUGGUGUGUGUAGGAAAGGAGUCGUGGCCAGAACUACUCGGAGCUGAGGGCAGUGCCGCCGCAGCGAUAAUCGAAAAGGAGAACCCUCAUGUGGACGCCAUUGUCUUGCAUAAGGACGCGAUAACAACCAUGGAGUACCGUUGCGACCGGGUCAGGGUGCGUGUUGACGAUUAUGGAAUCGUGGCAAAAACUCCCCGGAUCGGCUAG